AUGGCAGCUCUCAAAGAGCUACAACGCGACCUAGAAAACAAAGCCAACGAUCUCAACAAGCUUCAGAAAGAUAUAUCGAAGAAUCACCAGGUCAGAAAGAAAUACACUAUUCAGCUUGGGGAGAAUGAGCUUGUCCUCAAGGAACUGGAUUUGUUGAACGAGGAUGCUAAUGUGUACAAAUUAAUUGGUCCGGUGCUUGUGAAACAGGACCUCGCAGAGGCAAAUGCCAAUGUUCGGAAGCGGAUUGAGUACAUUUCAGCUGAAUUGAAGCGCUUAGAUGGUACUCUUCAAGAUUUAGAAGAAAAGCAGAACAGCAAAAAAGAAGCGAUUUUCAAGAUUCAACAGAGAAUCCAGUCACUUCAAGCUGGAAAAGGCAAGGCAUAA